AUGGCUUUAGAGUCUUCCUGGUAAAACCUUCACUGAUGCUUUCAUUUCUGACGAUUAAACAAACUCAGAUAGUCUGAGGAGUGUGUUUCGUAUGAUAUUGGACUUUCACCAAGAGGUCCACACCCAAAAGUUGAAUCUGAGUAAGCAGAUCUAGCAUCAAAUCUUUUGUCAGUUCAACUUUACAGAAUCAACGGUAGUUUCCUGUCACACGGACAUACUGAGAGAUACAAGGCCGUAUUAAAUUCCUCCAUCCCGCAAUGGCUAGCCAUGGUAUGAAGAGAAAACGUGAUGAGGAUCAAUCAGAUUCAAGUAACAGGUUUCACAGUUCACAGCUACAACUGACAACAGAAAGUAUGGAGAAGACGAAGAACAUCAUGUCUGAAGUUGUUAAAAAAAUUCAACCCUUGAAAACAACAAGUGAAACUACAGAAUUCUAUCAUUACAUUGAAAAUAUUAUUUCAAACAUGGAUAAAAGCAAGGAAAAGAAGAAAACCAUUGGAAUUUUGGGAUACACAGGAGAAGGAAAAACCACACUUUUAAAUGCACUCCUGGGAAAAAGAUAUCUACUGCCAUCUGGCUGUAUUGGUGUCUGUACAGCUGUUGUUACUCAGGUGGAAGCUAAUCUGACCGACCACAACUACACGGCGGAGAUUGAAGUCAUCUCUAAAGAGGAGUGGGAAACUCAGCUCAAAGAUCUUCUCAGUAUUAAAAAAUCUCAAAGUAAAGACAAGAAUAAAGAUCUGACUGAUGAUGCUAUAGAAAAGAUCACUGCCCUGUAUGGAACGGAUGCAAAAGAUAAAACAUUUGAGGAGCUUAAGAAAAUUGACAUACCUGUAUUUGCUAAUAAUAAAAAAGAUGUGUCCUGCAUUGAGGUCUCUGAAUUUGCCAGUGAAUUAAAGCGUUACGUACAACACAACACAUCAAGUACUGGUCACUGGUACUGGCCGCUGGUGAAGAGUGUGAAAAUCAAGAUUCCAGACUGUCGUGAACUUCUGGAACACAUUGUGCUUGUUGAUCUUCCAGGGAGUGGAGACUGCAACAAGACUAGAGCCGCCAUGUGGAAAUCUAAACUUAGAGACUGCUGCUCAGUGUGGAUUUUAAGCAAUAUCAAUCGUGCUAUUAACAACAAAGAUGCCUGGGAGAUGUUAAAUCACUGUUAUCAAGACAUGGUGCAAGCAGGGGAAUGUAGAGAUAUUAACUUCAUCUGCACCAAGAGCGAUGAGAUGGAUCCAGGAGAAUAUAAUAGUACUUUGGAGAAACAAAUACCAGAAGACAAGAACCAGAUGACAAACUGCAUACUUCACAGAAACAAACGUGCUAAGGAAACAUUGGAAAAAAGCUUCGAAAAUUCUGAAUUCAAGAAUGAAAACAUACAUCUACAAGUUUUUACUGUAAGCUCAAAGGCAUUUUUCAACCAUAAUUUAGGAGUGAGACGUGAUGACACUGAAAUCCCAAAACUCCAGGAUGUUCUGAAGAAGAUAAACAAGAGCAUCAACCAAGAAUUGAGCAGAAAUUAUAUCAAAGAAGCAAGCGGAGUUCUGUCUUUGAUCCAAAGUUUCCAGUCGGAUAGAAGAAAAAGAAUGGCUGAAGCAGAUAUAAAGAAGGAGUUGCAGCUGAAUUUAGAGAAGGCCCUGGAGAAGCUGGAAUAUCAGUUUGACAUGCUUCGUUGUUUCCUGGACAAAGGUCUCUCAGAUGGAGUGGACAAAUCUGAGAAAUCAUGUCUUGAUGAUGCAAAAGAGAUAAUUUCACCUGAUUUGCCUCAAGGUCAAGGGGGAUUUCGUAAAAUCCUUCAAGAUUUGUGCAGAAAUGGAGGAUCCCACACAUCAAAAGCAUGGAAAAGAAAUUUAGAUUUAAAUAAGUGCUUGGCCAAACACAUGUAUGAAAACAUGAAUCCGAGAUUCAACUUAAUUUUUCCUGUCAAUACCAAAACAGGCAUAUCAGUGCAAGAACUGAUUGAUAAAUUCAGUAUCAUUCAGCCGGACACUGCUAACCCCCCAUCUCUCAUCUUACAGUACAUUAACAAGUUCAUCAAAUCACAGGAAGACAACCUGAAGGAAUUACUCAAACAUGAAGUUGUUAAUAAAAAGAAGGAAAUCUACACCUCAGUUGAAGCAACAAUUCAGAAUGCAAUGGCUUCUUGCUAUAAAGAAGCUGCAGAGAAAACCGGAGAGGGAUCCACAAAGGAGAAGCAGAGAAUUCUGAAGACGGGAAUUGAGUCAUUAAAACCUGACAUCUUCAGGAAUGCAAAGAAAGGAGUGCUUAUAAAGACAAAUGAAUUGAUGGAGUAUAUAAAGAAAAGAAUGGAAUUUAUGCUGAAGCAAUCAAUCCAGUACUCAUUUGCAAAAGCAAUCCAAAACACCAUGUGGGAUGUUUCUAAAGAGAUUGAAGAACUGGAGAAGCUUUCAGCGCAACUCACUGACAACACUGGAUAAUUGACCUCUGAGACAUGAGCAUAUUGAUAUUAACAAAUGUUUAAUUUAUCUUAGAUUCUUUUUUGUUGUUGUUCUUUCUUUGUCAACCAUAUAUUGAACAAAGUUCAUUUUACAAGGUGGUAGAGGGGCAGUGGAAAAUAUCAAAGUGGUCAUAUAUAGUCUUAGAUAUUUUCUGUUUAGGGUCUAUGAUUUGCCUAAUGAGUUAUAAUUUUAAAUUGUUGAUUUGAUAUGGUUUGAUAAUUGUUUGCAUGUCUGAAGAAAUUUUUGUGUUCCAAUCAAAACAAAGGCUAUUGUAGUCUGUUAUUUCCUGUACCUUUAACCCUGUUUCCUAUACUCAUGUUUGUUAGUUGGAUUUAUACACUAUAUCUUGUUUAAUUUCACCUAA